AUGGCCGCUUUCUCAGAUGCUUCUGUGAAGAGGAGCAGACACGGCACUUCCCCUGGGCCACAAAGAGGUCAAGCAAAGAGGAAAGUGGAGAAUGAAGCCUCAGGAGCACAACUGAAUAUUUUCACAAAAGCACAGGAGUUCUUUCGGAUUUGUGAUGUGGAAGGCAAAGGGUUCAUCACUCGCGAUAACAUGCAGAGGCUUCAUGGAGAAUUGCCCCUUAGCUCAGAAGAGCUGGAGAAAGUGUUUGAUACUCUGGAUGCAGAUGGCAAUGGCUCACUUACGCCAGAGGAAUUCACCUCAGGAUUCAGUCAGUUUUUGUUUGGCCAGAAGUUACCAGUUUGUGAUGUGCACAGCUGUGAACCUGACAACGCGCCUCUCUCCCCAUGGGUAGGAAGCUGCGCAGAGGAGGAGGAGGAGGAGGAGGAAGAUCAUCAGUUUUUGAAUCUUAUGGAAAAGCUGGGUGCUAAUAAGGUCUUAGAAGAUGAGAAUGACGUGAAGAAACUCUGGUCAAAGUUGAGGAAAGAUGAGCCUCAUUUGCUUUCCAGUUUUGAAGAAUUCCUAGCAAGAGUCUUCUCUCAGCUUCAAGAAGCCGACCACGAGAAGAAUGAACUGGAAUCUGCCCUGAAAAAGAAAAUUGCUGCCUAUGAUGAAGAAAUUAAAUACCUGUAUGAAGAAAUGGAACAGCAGAUCAAAAAUGAGAAAGAGAAAUUUCUCCUGAAAGACACUGAAAGAUUUCAAUCACGAAGUCAGGAGCUGGAGCAUCAGCUCGUAGGGAAAGAACAAGAACUAGAACAACUGGCUCAGAAACAGAAAAGGCUGGAGAGAGAAUGUAAAGAGCUCCAUGAUGACAAGCAUGAGACCAAAGUGGAGAACAGCAGGCUGAAGCUCACAAACCGAGAGCUGCACAAGGAUGUCGAAAGAACAUCCCAGGAGUUAAUUAUUGCCCAGCAACAGUUGCAGAUGCUGCAGGAUGAGGCCAAAAAGCUGCAGGAAGAAAAGGAAAUAGAGGUUUACAGAGUGACCGAAGCAUUGCAGAGGGAGAAAUCAGGUCUCCUGAAGCAGCUGGAUUUCUUAAGAGAAAGGAACAAAUAUCUAAAAGAUGAACGUGACGUGUGUUUGCAGAAAUGUAGGAAGAGUGUUCCGACUACCAACAGGAAACAAAGGUCAGGUUCAAUCAUUGGCAAAUAUGUGGAUACCAAAGUUUCAUUCAAGAGCCAGUCUUCGGAAGAAGAUGAUACAUUCAGCGUCUUGAGGAGAAAAGAUUCCUUUGGCGUGAAUGGGCAGAUGUCAUUAGAUUCUGACUCUACUACUGAAGUACAACUGACUACGAAAAAGCACCUCCAGAGGAUAAUAUCAAUCGAAGAAGAUCAUCUGCCACAGCUUCUUGAUAGGCCUGGAGACAGACAAUUAGCUAAAUGGCCAGAAGAAGAAGAAGAAAGUGUCUCACCAGAAACAGAAAUGAGCAGAAUCCAGAUGAAAACAUCUUCUGACCCUUGCGCUCCAAGAGGACAGCCAGUAGGAACAGAAGCACUGCCAAAUGAGAAGCGGACCCAUUCCCUCCCAGAUCGCUUAUUCAAGAUUAUUCUUGUGGGCAAUUCAAGUGUGGGGAAGACUUCCUUUUUGAAGCGGUUCUGUGAAGAUCGUUUUUCCCUAGGCACUGCUGCUACUGUAGGUGUGGAUUACAGAGUGAAAACAAUGGCAGUGGAUAACAGUCAGGUAGCCCUGCAGCUCUGGGACACAGCUGGUCAAGAAAGGUAUCAAAGCAUGGCCAAGCAGUUCUUCCGAAAAGCUGAUGGUAUCAUUGUGAUGUAUGACAUAACAGCAAGGAACACAUUUCUAGCUGUGAAGCAGUGGCUGGUGAACAUUGAGGAGGCUGCAGGGGAGAACAUUCCUGUCCUCUUGCUGGGGAAUAAAACGGACCAUGAGAAAGAGCGGGAAGUCCCCAAUGGACUAGGAGAGCAUCUAGCCAAGGAUUAUAAUUUAAUUUUCUAUGAAUGCAGUGCCCUGUCUGGUCACAACAUCAAGGAAUCUGUAACUCAUUUGGCAAGGAUUUUAAAAGAACAAGAAGACAAAGUGAAGGAGAAGACGGUUCAGCUGCAUGAAGGUUCUAAGAGGAAGCCGUGUUGCUCCAGACAGUAGGGGACGGGCA